CUCAACUACCCGCAGGAAAGAUAUAUGAACCAGGGGUCUUUAUCUAACUUACCCUUGCGGCCCAUGUUACCUGAUAAUUAUCAUAAGCCAAUAAUUUAUUUCGCCCAACAACAUUGAGAACAUCGAAAGGCUGAAAUUUUCUAAUUUAAAUUUCAAUUUCGUAUUCUCGAUUUCUUCACUCGAAAUUUCCGGACAAAUUCAAAUUCAAUGGCGAUGGCCGCUCCCUCUUCGUUAAUCAGUUUCAACGUCAAUGGUGUUUAUGGCUCUAAGCCCCUUGAACAUGGCAUGGUAAAACUUAUUCCAUCAAGAUCUUCACCAUCUAACAAUGUAUGGAAGCAAAAGGCUAAAUUGCAUGGACGCAUGAGCUGUAAACAACAAGCUUCUGCACGUGCAGCAUAUGAUGCUGGCAGUAGGAGAGGACAUGUCACAGGUGAUUUCAUUGCUGGUUUGGUUUUAGGAGGGGCUAUUUUCGGAACUCUUGGCUAUGUGUUUGCACCCCAGAUAAGUAGAUCCUUGAUGAGUAUUGAUAGAUCCAUGUUCACUUUAGAGGAAGCAGAAGAGUGGUGGCUGAGAAGAAAGUUGCCAAAGCCCCUGUAUGAUGAAAAAGACCUAGAGAUAACCAGGAAGUCUUUGACUGACAAAAUAGAUAAGCUAAAUGCUGCCAUUGAUCAUGUUGCUGCACAACUUAAAGCUGGACAGAAUCCCCCCAAACUGGGUAAAUUUGAAUAUCCUUCUGAUGUAAAAGAUGCUGCCCAUGCAUAAGAAGUCCAUCAAUGUGCUAUAGAAAGGACUCUUUUAUUAAAAGUGGAUAUACUAAUGUUAUUUAUAGAUAUGUUUAAGUUUCUUCAUUAAAUCAGGUUGUUUUUUUGAAAAAUUUCAAUCUUCAUUGCUUCAAUUUGCUAUAGGAAAUGGUUUCAUGAGGGUUUCAUUAUAAAUCUCAUGGAGCAGAGCAUGGCAUGCCAGGCAAAUUUGAAUGGAACAAUGCAAUAGCAUGUUUUUUAUGUGAUUAGGAAACGAGAGAAUGUUUUCAAAGAUGAGCAGAAGAAGAUUAUAUAUGCAAAAUUAUAUGAGAUUCUGAUUCA